AUGAAGUUCUGUCUGUUUCUGGGCUGUGUGGCAGUGUCUAUUCUGGCUGUAGCCUCAGGCCACACGUUUAAUUCAACACUGGAUGAAGACUGGAAGAGUUGGAAGUCACAUUAUGAGAAGCAGUACACCCAGGAUGAAGAGAGCUACAGGAGAAUGGUAUGGGAAGACAAUAUGAGAUACAUCAGACAACACAAUCUGGAGCACUCGAUGGGGAAACACACCUUCACUGUGGGAAUGAACCAGUAUGGAGAUCUGACAACUGAAGAGUUUAAUGAACUCAUGAAUGGAUUCUUCCAAGAUGAAGCUGAUAACUCGACUGAAGAAGAUGAUGAUAAAGGAGAUGGUUAUGAUGAAGAUGUUGAUGAUCUUGAAUCUGAUGAAUUUGAAGAAAGUGAUGAUGUUAUGAAACAUGCAAUCAUUGACUGGCGUCAAAGAGGUUUGGUUACUCCAGUGAAAAAUCAGGGACCCUGUGGUUCGUGCUGGGCUUUCAGUGUGACUGGUGCCAUUGAAGGACAGUGGGCAAAGAUCUGUAAAAGGCUGGUUUCUCUGAGUGAACAGAAUUUGCUUGAUUGUGACAGACGUAACUAUGGAUGUAAUGGUGGAUACAAAAUAUAUGCCUUUCAAUAUGUGAUAAAAAAUGGUAUUCAAUCAGAAAAAGCUUACCCAUACAAACAAAAUCGCUGCAAAUUUCGGAAAGAUAAGAUUGCUGCCAGAAUCAAAGCAAUCAAAAAAGUAAGAAGAGGUGAACAAAACUUAGCGAAGGUUUUGAAAAACCGUGGACCAAUCGCUGUAUCCCUCAAUUCGCAUCCAAGGUCCUUCCACUUGUAUAAACAAGGAGUUUACUCUGAUCCUAAAUGCACCCAACGCCGAGGCCAUGCAGUGCUUGUGGUUGGAUUUGGAAGAGAAGAUGGAAUGAAUUAUUGGCUGGUUAAAAACAGUUGGGGAACACGCUGGGGUGAAAAAGGUUUCAUCAAAAUAGCUAAGGAUCGAGGGAAUCUGUGUGGAAUUGCCAACUAUGCGGUCUAUCCAAAAGUGACAAGGCGUAUGUGCAAAACCCUUGCUUCAUCAAAUUCCACCUGA